CACUCCUUCUCCAAUAAGGGAAGCGAGCAGCCCAGCACCCACUCGCGCGAUGUCGCGCUGGCUCGGGAUGCGGCCCGGCGGCAAGCGCUCGCGGCGGCACACCCCGCGCACGAAAUGACUACAACAACGACCACAACCCAACCCGCUGCUUCUCGAUCCGGCCCCGCCCUGCGUUCUCAGACGACACCAUGACGUCCGACUCGGUCGGUCAAGUCGCUACCGCCACCGUCCAGCGCAAGAGCCUACUCCGCGCGCUCCGUAGUCGCCGUCGUGCGUCUAGGCCAAGCUGACUUCUUCACUACCGCUUCUGACUGGGGGAUCGUGCGUGACGACGUGAACGUGGUCAGAGGGGGGCAGAGUGAUUCCGUGCGUUACUCGAGAAGGCGUGCGCGCGUGUGUGAGAGCGUCCGUGGCGCUUCCGGGUCUCUUCCCUGCGCGACAUCGGCCGGGGGUUCCCCGAUGGGGGAAACGCGACCGCCGGCGUGUCUCCUCCUGACUUGGCGGCGGCAUUGGUGGCGUAGCGGGCCAACCUCGCCGCAUUCGUCGUCGCGGGCUAGCGUGCUGCCGACGACCCGGCGAGUGGUGGCGGCGAUCAAUACGGCUCGGAGAAGAAAGACGGCCGGCCGCGGUUGUUGAGGGGCCGUACGACGAGUAAAAGCGAGCGGGAAGAAGGUGGUCGCGAUGCACCUGCACUUCGAGCGGAGCUGGUCGUCGCGCACCGACUGCUCGGUGCUGUCGCUCACGUGGAUGGGCAAGGUGCCCGACGAGCUGCCCGAGGAGGACGGCUGGCGACUGAACCGCGUCAACUACUACCAGGACGGCUGGUUGGCGUCCGGCAACGCGCGCGGCAUCGUAGGCGUCACCUUCACCACAUGCCAUUGCCGCAAGACGGCCGAGCACCCUCAGCGCACAAACUACAACCUCCGCGGUCACCGGUCCGAGGUGACGCUGGUCAAGUGGAACGAGCCGUACCAGAAGCUGGCGUCGUGCGACAGCAGCGGCGUGAUCUUCGUGUGGAUCAAGUACGAGGGGCGCUGGUCCAUCGAGCUCAUCAACGACCGCAACACCCAGGUGACCGACUUCGCCUGGAGCCACGAUGGCCGGAUGGCACUCAUCUGCUACCGCGACGGAUUCGUGCUCGUCGGAUCGGUGGCCGGCCAGCGGUACUGGUCCUCCACGCUGCACCUGGACCGCGCGGCCGUGCUCUGCGGCAUCUGGACGCCCGACGACCACCAGGUGUUGUUCGGCACAUCGAACGGCCAGAUCCUGGUGAACGACAUGCAUGGUGAGCUGGUGGCUCAGGUGACCCUGAACGAGGAUGCCGCCAUCGUUGCCAUGGCGUGGUCCUGCGAGAAAUUCAAGAUGGAAGAGGCAGACGACGACAACCGAGCAGCGGCGGCCUCCAGUGGAGACGCCUCCUCCGUCCCGCCCGCACAGGCUCCCGAAUCCAAGAUAUCCGUCCUGGCCGUUUGCUUCAGCAACGGAGCCAUUCAUGUCAUGAAGAAUUACGACGACAUCUCGCCUACCAUCAUCAACACCGGUCUGAAAGACAUCAAAGUGGAGUGGUCUAACAGCGGCGAAGUGCUUGCUGUAGCCGGCGUCGAUUCAGAGUCUACCGACGGAGACUGCCGGAACCGCAUCCACUUCUACACGGACGCAGGGCUGCUUCGUUUCGUAGCUGCCAUACCAUACACACAGAGCCCAGUGACGGCCCUGACGUGGGGUCACAACGACAAGAGGCUAUUUGUGGCCACGGGCAGCGUGAUCCACAUUGGCUGGGUGACGCGGCGGAUGGCCUCGCUGCAGCUGCUGUCCCGGUUAACGCUGCACCGGGCACUCAGGGACGAGGCGGCUGUGCACACGCUCCCUUUGCCGCGACGGUUGCGAGCCCUGGUUGCCAACCUCUUCGGGCAGACCGUCAAGUGCUACCUACCGGAGGCGCACCAGCUGCGCGAGUUCGUGUCCCGUCCGCACCACGUGCGUCUGCACUGCACCAUGGUGCGCCAUGACACCGAAGACCUGGUGUCGGGCAGCGCCACUUACACCCUGUUCCUCGAGUACCUGGGCGGCCUGGUGCCGCUACUGAAAGGCAAGCGUGCCUCCAAGCUGCGGCCUGAGUUCGUCAUCUUCGACCCCGAGCAGCCGGCUGGACAGGCCGGCAAUGGCCGCCAGGGGUCGUCCUAUGGCCGCAGCUCACCCGGAUUAAGUGCCGAGUCGGGCACCGUGUCUACUAAUUUGAGGGAUGCCACAGUUGCCGCGGCCUUGACGUCCGACAGCGACGCGGACGAAGGCUGCGCUUCGUCUCCGGGCCGUCGCAGGAGGGCGGCGCGCAACGCGGCUGCAGCGGACGCAGCUCUCGCAGGCGACGGCAUCUCGCUGUCGUCCCGCGGCGGCUGCGGCGGUGCUGCGCGCCGCGAGCUCCUGUACACGGAUGAGCUGCCGGAGCGCGAGAAGAUCGUGGCCGUGACGUCCAACCUCUGGGGCACCAAGUUCAAGGUGCUGGGCCUGGCCCGCUGGCUGCCGGCCACGCUGGGCACGGUCACGUACCGCACCAGCCUGCUGCAUCUGCAGCCGCGCCAGAUGACGCUCCUCAUCAAGGAGCUGCAGGGUCCGCAGCCGCCUGCCGCCGCCGCCGCCGCCGCCUCCUCUUCCUCUUCUUCCUCUUCGCGCUCGCUCGUUCUCCACAAUGGCACCACCGUGGCGGCGGCCGGAUCGGCGGCGGGCUCUGCGGCGCAGGUGGUCGCUGGCUUCUCGGAGGACGAAGACGACGACAUGUGCGACCCCGUGGCGAGCGAGGAGAGCGCGGCGCCCAUCGCUCCGAUGACGCCCAAGAAGCGGUGCGGCAUGGGCCGCAGUCCGGGCCUGCCGGACCCGGAGACCGGCGUGCUGCCCGCCGACGGGGACCAGGCCGUGGCGUGCUGCACCGGCUCCGGUGGCUGCGGCGACGAGGAGUUCCUGACGCUCGAGACGACCGCCGAGACCGGCGUGCAGCACCUCGCACUGCGCCAGGCGGGCCGCCCCCGGCCGCAGGGCACCACCAUGUCGCUGCACGCCGACGCCCUGCCGGGGACCUCCUCGUCCGCCUGUCAGGAAGAGGCCGCGUCGCCGUCCAAGAAGCCACAGGCCGAACUCAGGCCCGAGUCGAGGCCCGGGUUGCGGCGCGGCGGAGGGGAGUCGGCCCCCCACAGGUCCGGCGCGGGCCCCGGGGCGGCAGGCGUCCGGCACCUGCUGGACCCGGUGCCCCGCUGGGCGGACAAGGCCGCCGAGCUCAAGUACAUCGACGACGAGCAGCCCGACGAGGGCGUCGUCGGCGACGUGGCCUCGGUGCUGCUGCUCAGCCACCACCGGAACCGGAGCAGCAUCGGGCCGCCCAACGCCGACUUCCUGGUCGGCGACCCGCGGAGCCGCGGCUGCGACGCCCGCCGGCUCACCCUGCGCUCGGGCUCGCCGGCGCCGCAGCAGCAGAGCGCGCACGGCGUGGCGCAGGCGUCUUCCUCCUCCACCAGCUCCAGGAGCUGCGACGACGCGGCCGAAGUGGCGCGCGCGCUCCUCGCCGAGAAGCUGCAGCACAGACACAACGAGGAGCCAGCCUGCGUGUGCGAGGCAUCUCAGAACUCCUCGCCGGCCACGGCGCGCAAACAGCGCUUCGUCGAGGAGAACCCUUUCGUGUGCACCACCACUUCCGCGGACUGUGGCGGUGCCUCGCUGGCCAUUCACGCGGCGGGCAGCUCGCGUGGCACCGCGCCGGGCAACUCGCUGUCUCCGCAACCGACGCUGUGCAGCGGUGCCUCUGAGGACGAAGGAAACCGGACGACGAGCCGCGAGAGCACGCCGUCGGCGAGCCCGUGCCGCCAGCCCCGACGACACCGGGGAUCGCUGCCGAUACCCAGUGCAGCCGGCGGCGGUGCGUCAACACCAGGGCUGGGCGCCGUCGGCGCGGGCGACGAAAGCGGCGGCUCGGCGCCGUCAUCGCCGGCGCUGAGCCGCAGCAUCCCGUCGUCGCCGGUGUCCGGCCGCAAGAGCCGGCAGCAGCAGCUGCGCACGCUGCUCUACAGCCCGCUGCUGCUGCGCAAAGUGCGCGGCGGCCGCGGGCAGCGCAGCGGCGCCGUCCUGGACAGCUCGGACGAAGAAGGCGGACAGAGCGGCGAAGAGGUGCUCUCGGACGGCUUCCGCGACCUCGAGAGCAUGCAGAAGGCGCACAUACGCAAGAAGUUGAAGAAGCGCCACGGCAAGGUGCACCAGCAGGAGAUGCUGCCGCCCAGCAAGCCGCCGCCCAUGUACCGCGAGUUUGUGUUGCACAACAAGGCGCCCCUGUGGAACGAAGUGAGCCAGGUCUACCAGCUAGACUUUGGCGGUCGCGUCACCCAGGAGUCGGCCAAGAACUUCCAGAUUGAGUUUAAGGGAAACCAGGUGAUGCAGUUCGGCCGCAUCGAUGGGAACGCCUACACACUCGACUUCCAGUACCCGUUCAGUGCCCUCCAAGCAUUUUCCGUCGCUCUCGCCAACGUAACGCAGCGGCUGAAAUGACACGCUGCGCUCUUCAAGAGGGACUGUUGAACACUUCCCCGUCACAGUGCUCGCUCCACAUUCUUCUUUUUUUUUUUCUUUACUUCUUUCUCUCCGAGCGAAAUCUGUCCGCGGUAAUGGAGGCAGGGGAGAAAAGGAAAAAAAAAAAAAGCCAAGCAGGGCGCUCAACUCAACGAUGUGCAACGCGAUGGUCGAAGAGCAACGAAGAAAAGGCCAGAACAGGAGAGCGACGAUGGCCAAAACAGGCCGCGACACUGAAGGGUGAAUGCGAGGAUUCGAAUCAUGAGCUGGCAUUGCGGUGUUCCAGUGUCUGAGAGAAAUGUCCCUGUUCGAGAUAUAUAGUGGACAUCCAGGCGGAGUGAAGAAGCUGCAAACGUUCAAUCGCAAAAGUAGUGCAUCCGGAGCUUCCACCAAAGUGAUCUUUUUUUUUUACAUUUCUCUUUAUAUUACUUUUUGUCUCUCUAAGGAAGCAUGCGCUCAAUUUCUUUUUUGUCGAUCGCUGGUGCAUUCUCAUCCUAAGUUGUCCUGAGAAAAGUGUUAGUCGCAAUCUCCCAUCGCAGUUGAUUCAUAUAUCCUCCCGUUGAAGUGAUGUGGAAAGUAAGCGCUGAGGCAUCUCUUGUUGCACUCAAGGUCGACGCGAAUGACAAGAACUAAAGAAACUAAAUGCGGCUUGAUCUCAAGAUAUAAUAGCCCAGUCGGAAAAUAAUACAUAAUGCCAUGGCUGUGCAAGCAGUCAGUGAAAUUAGCUGUUUAGGCAUUGUGGUGCUCAAAUACUAAGACAUUUUCUAGUCAUCCACUAUAAAUGUUGGGGAAGGGGGGUGAUAUUUAGUUGUUAUUAUUUUUGGGAGUGGUAGUAACUUAACAGAGUAAUGGAACAUGUAUUUCAUUGCUCGUGUCGGCAGCUAAAAACGCCUACCUAGCUAGGAACUUUGUUCACGCUUUCAUCGUAAUCAUGACAAGUUUCGAAGAUUUCGAGCCAAAGAGCAACAAGGCAACGCUAAUUGCGGUGGUUGCGCAUUCCCUUUUGAAUGUCCAUCUCAUUCAGAUCCAAACCUCGUCCAAUUUUUUAAUUGUGCUAAAUUUUCAAGCCUAGGCUACUGCGAGAUCACGAAACCUAGCUGGAACAGACUUUGCAUAUGUUUGGUACAACCUUGAGCGCACGUUCUUGCAUAAGAACGCCUCUCAUACGCCUGUUCAUACGCAGUAUCAUUAUAUUCCUCAAACGGGCGCCGUACUAAACAGACAACACAUCUACCAAACACCUUGAAUACGGAAAAUGCAUACAGUAACUCGCGGUUCCUGCAAAGCGUAGAAUCGCCGACCCGACAUAACUCGUAACGCAGACAUUGCAAUAAAUGCAGCGGAGAUAAAAUUUGAUAGAAGAAAUGAACUUACCGGUUUUCUUGGAAACAUGUUUGAGAUAAGUCAAUAUGCUGAUCGAAUCACAGUUCUGUGCGAACCCAGCAAAAUGCUGCUUCACUAUUUCAUUGCUCUAAGGAUUCAAUCGCUGCGCCGGCGUUUGGCCACUUGUACACGUAGGCUGUCCUUUUUUCAGCUGUAAGAAAAUUUUUAGAUUGCCUGCAUCAGAUAGCACAAUUCUAACCCUUGAUCUAAAUUACUCGGUGAGGUGGCCAUUAUUUCUACCAGAAAUCAAAACGCUUAACUGAAUCAUUAACACAAUUACACUAAUUAACUGUUUUAAAUAAUUACCUUACGACACAUACUCCUAUCUACGAAUUCUAGCCGGCGAGUUCGUGAGGCUUUGGAUCGAAUUCCAUUUGGAACACGUUCUCAGGACUGCAGCAAUUUUUAGAUAAUUUUCAAAGUGUCCGACAAAAAUGCGUUGGCGUUCCAGUUACUUUUUUUUUCUUUUUUUGGGGGGGAGGGGGGGAGUAUACUCUCUUUUAUGCAUCGAAGUACAAAAAGUAAUCGAAACACCAAUGCAUUUCGUCGGACACUUUAAAAUGGUAAUAUCUAGAAAUUGGUGCCAUCCAGAAAAUUCGUUCCAAGUGGAUACGCCUUGCGGACUCACCUGUUAUAAUUCGUAGUUUGAUAUACGUGCCGUAAUAUGAUUAAAUUCUAAGUAAAUCAGGAAGUUAAUCAGCGUAAUUAUGGUAAAUAUUCAAUUAAUCACCUUGAUUUCUCGUAGGAGUAAUGGCCGCCUCAUCGAGUAAUCUGUAUCAAGGAUUUGAAUUGUGCUAUCUGCCACAGGCAAUAUUUGAAAUAUGUGGUGGAGCUGAAAAGAAAAAAAAAACACCCUGUAUUGUGAUGAACCGAAACUAUUUGUUGCAACUGGGAGUGUUUGAAGUCUCUGAUUGUACUAAAGGUGAUUCGUAAAUCAGCUAGCGGGAUACUAUUCCUAACCUGCUGUUAACUUCACGUUGUUAUUCAUCUACAGUGUAACCACUGUUUAGAUCGACUAGACACCUCGAAGUCAUAUAGGAAUGCUCCAACUUUCUCACUUUGCGCAGGCGUAUCGUGUCAAGAUAAGCAUUGUUGUUACUUCACUUGCGGUGCAUUGUUAACUGCGCUGCCAACCGUAGGAAAGACGGUAUCGUUAAGAUACGUUUGGUGACGGCCAAUCAAAACUGGAACGUCAUAAUCAAAGCUAAUUAACCAUGACGCCGCACGUUAUUAGCGCGUAUGAACGUAUUGUCGGCAUGUCUUGCACGUUUUCAUAGUCUUCAUCACUGAGGCGAGCAAGUCGUACUGUUUACAGCUAUGUUAAUACCGCGCCCGUCAAGGGCAAAAGCUAAUGAGCCCAAACUAAAGAGCCUGUCCAUGAGGACGUCUCCCAGCGUGACGAUAGAUUCGUUCUUGCGUUUAGGCGAGACGAGCUGCUUUAGCCCAGUGGAAUGUUUUAUUCCCGUUCCCUGAACCUCGUCUGUGUGCCGCCAAGAAAUUUUGUGCCGCUGUGUUUUUUUCAGCGAGUGAAGAGGACCCCUUUGAAACUCCUUGAAACUUUUCUCAAUAGUUCGCGCUGGCCUAGGCGAUUUCUGACAGCAUAGCACUUUCCCAGUGAUAUCGGAAACGUUAUUAACACGGGAUGUGGGAAACACAAAGAUAUUUCAAGAUGAUUCGGGUCGCCCACUAAAAAAAAAAAAAAAAGCAGAUGCUACCUAUCUUGUGGCGGCUUGUUAGAGAACCGAAUGCAGGGAAGGAUAAACCGACUGACGUUGCCGUCAUGCGCUAGAGCAAGCACAGACAAGUACUUUGUUUUAGAGAAGAAAACGACGCGGAUGUACUGCGUUUUUCUCCAAACGCAGACAGAGUGGAAUUUGAAAUUGAACCGUCGAGAGCAAAUGCUGCGCUGGGCCUUCGGCCCCCCAGAAAAGAAAGCUACACGCACCGACAGUCACACACUUCGUAUGUCACUUUUUGUUACCGUUUCUUUGUUGUAGGCCUACCAUAUAUAAACGCAAAAUUGAGGAAAGCAGCGUUGCAGAAGACGAAGCUGGAGGUCCAGGGGUUGUCGAAUGGUCGUCAAGUUGCCGCUACCUUUUGGGCGAACUUGGGCACGAACGUCUCGAGUGACUCGGUCAGGUGAAUGUCAACGAGAACGGAGUCCGGCUUUUAGCGUGCGUUCUAAUACUCAUACUCUAUACCCAUAACAAACCUCCAUGCGUGCGUAACUCAGCGAAGAGGCAUUCUAAUAUAUAUGAAAAGAAAACGUGAGUCUGCCUUCCACGCUACAGACAUAGAAGAAGAAGAAAAAAAAAAGUGUGCGUAACUUGCCAGCAUGUUUUCUAUGUGUAAGAGCCUGUUGCCACUGCGAAGAUAAGAAGAGGAGAAAGAAGCUCACCGUUCUCUAAGCUUCGCAGGUUUUCGUGCUGUCUACUGAGUGCUUGUGUUUCACUCGGUGGACACGUUGUGUUUGUCUCUCUCUCUCUCUCUGCCCCGUGGGAACUGUGCAAUGAUCAGUAUAGAGACGAUGACGUGCAUACGUCUGCACGCUCGUGGAGUGCGACGAUCGUGCAUAUAUAUAUUUUUUUCCUCUCUCAUCUUCAAAUGGUGCAAUCACCUCGCCCGUUGCCGCUACUUUGACGCCACGUUGGUGGCUUGUUCCACUGUUUGUUUGCUGUCGCUCGCUUGUUUCGGUUGCGUACUUUUGCCAGAGACAUCUGUGUGCGCGAGUGAAGGUGUGUAUGUGUGUAUGUGUAUUUACGUGCAAUUCUGUGUGCGAAGGCGUGCUGCGUGGAUGUGCGCCUAUAUUGUCCCCUUGCGUGUUCGACGAGUACAAUGGUGAGGACAGCAACACUUGCCUCUUUUCUUGCUGUUCUUUCACUUUUCUUGCCCCCACUCACCUCCAAACCAACAACACUUCACUCUUUCCACUAUUCAGAGCCUACAGGAGCAUCUCAACAUAUGCCGUAACUAGCUCAUGCGAUAUUGCAACUGCGCAUAAUAAGCCUCUUCCCACCGUGCCGCUUUUUCAGAUGCUACCUAGGUCGUCUGCGAAGUAUACGCGUUUGGAUGUAUGCAGGCGUCGUUUUCUUGUUCUCGCAAAUGUUUCUUCUUUCGCGUGACGUCGCACCGAGGUAAACGCCUCAUUAGAGCGAUGGGCAGGCUACAAAUGCGUUUUCGAGAAGGAAGACACGCUGAAGUAGCGCUGAUGGGGCGUGUUCUAGUCAUGUCGUCACGUUCCCCUUCCGCUGUCUCGAUAAUCUGGAAAGUGACACGCCGGGAAUGCGACCCCCCCCUCCUGCGAAUGAGGAAACUUCUAGGCCACUCCAGUUGUGUAGUCACGUCAUGCAAGAGGGCGUGUUGCACUGUGAGUCAAGGAUACCUGUAAGCAAGAAAUCAAAAUUAAGUCAGCGCUGUCGGCGAACAGAGGGAAAUCAACGACCACGAAAAAAAUAGUCUGUGCUGUCACGACACAAAAUGUCAUGUUAACGUACUGACAGCAAGAACUCAGAAGUCUGUAACACUGAUGGAGAGCGACUGUUGCACUCUAGAUAAGCUUGUGCUUGCCCUAACAGCCCCAAUGAAACUGCUUGUUUGUUUAUUGAGAAAUACUCCUAAAGGCUUCAGCAGAACUCCUAUACUAGAAAAUAAUGCUUAUAUAUUUUAUUAUAUAUUAGAAAUCAAUGUGAUAGGUAAUUCACAUAUUGGCGUACCAUGUGGAACAGUUUACCCAACCAAAUAACUCGUGUUAUGUAUCGCAUAUUCUCGGUUUACGUUGUGAAACUUCCUAAAAUUCCAGCGCACUCCAAAAGAAAUGUUUGUGCUUCGCUUAAGUACUCAUUAAACAUACCACGGCGUAAAACAAUUUCGGCGUGGUAUUCACAAAUUCGCAAAAAUGAACACAAAAGCUUUUUGGGUGAUGUAUUAAACAGAAAUGCACGCCUUGAACACGACGGUGAAAAACCGAUCCACCAGCACGUCUCAUUAUCACCUCCCCUGCAAACGCCAGCCAGCUGUAUACGUUUGCUCUGAUACUGGCCUAACUAUGAAAGUGUUCUAGUGUCACCGUUUAACGAUUUUCUGCAGCUGCCUUUCUUUCAAAUAAAGUGCGCAAAAAAGGGGUAACUUUCCUGGCGUAUUAGUGCGAAGAUUUUCUGUGGUGCCAGUGCGAUACGAAAAGACAGCUCGAAACACACCGCCAACGAAGCUUUCGAGUCUGGAGUGGCCCUCUAAGGAAGAUCCUCAUCCGUAUUCAUAAUGAAAGUUCACCCGCGGGAAUAAGUAUCUGGGAUACGGGUGCCAUUAAAAAUUUAAAAAAGAAUAGCCACUUUGUAGCCAGGACACCCUGCCCUAAAUUACAUGGCAAACUUGUGACUACACAACGCGAAGCUAUAGCUGAAUGUAUCGUUUCAUGGCCGGAUGCAGUAACCGCGAAACACCCCUGAUCCAAAUACCUUCACUCAACGGUGCACGUAAUAAUAGGCGGCAUAAUUGCGCCGUGUUCCUCUAUGCGAGACAAGAGGGGGCACACGAGGUUAAAGAAAUAACAAUUCUAACCACCUUUAGCUGAUACAAGGAUAAUGCAAGCUAAAGAACGCUCCGAGUUAACAGCGCUUUUUUUUUCGUACUCCGUUUCCAAUGCGCUAAAUUACUCUGUGCAAACAAUGCUUCCUUCAACAGACUUGACUGCUGUGUUUGUAAAGGACUGUACCAGUGUCAGCGCGAAAUGGACACUGAACAAACCAUAUUGUUUGACUUUUCUCUUGCCCAGCGUCAUUUUGCGCUACGACCAUCGCAUAAUGUUUAGCCUUCUCUUACCGUGUCGCAGUGUGGCAAGACAGUAUAGUUCCUGACAACGAUUCUCACUGACAGCUCUGCCUUGUUAGUUGUACGAGUUUGAGUUCUGAUUACAGGUGUUUUAGCAGCUCGCUUUUUAGCAGCUCGCUUUUUAGCAGCUCCCACUUCUGACACCGUGUACCGUUGCUAAAGGAAAUAGGCAGUCAUGACGGCAAGAGGCUUCGCACACUAAGAACGCCGAGCGGUUUAUUUCUAGCGUUCUUAAAGGAAGCGAUACGAAAGAGGGGAAAGGGAGUAAGAGAAAGAAAGACUAGGUAUGACGUUUACAGUGAUACUGAUAAAGUGCAAUCUGAUAAAGGAGACAAAUUCUGAAGACAGUAGGCUGUCCUUACACUUAGCUAUAGCGAUAGCACCUCGCAGAACAUAAAAGUGCCGUGGAAACCUAAUUUGUUGGCGUAGUAAUGGAGCUGAAACCGUUAGACCUUAUGAAUUUAGUGAUAGCGUGGAUUCAAUUAAGGUGAACGAAAAGAAAUUAGGCUAUUAAAAUCACAACCGAUGAACAGUGUGGUAGGCUUUUCGUCGAUGAAGUUUGAAUGCAUAACGCUGAGAUGUAUGUACGCAGGAAUUUGCUUACCAUUUGUAUUAUACCGAAGGACUAUCGAAACGCUACGUUAGAAAAAUAUUCAGAAAGCGUCUUGAAGAAACACAAAUGAAGAAACUGUCACCGCUUUCACAAGAACGCAAACACAUUAGUUGUUUUUUUAUGUAAGUGUACACUAUUCCACCAUAAUAUUACAUAAUGAUAAAACUCUGUAACCACACAUUUGAUGAUUCAGUGUCGUUGAAUCUUGAAAGGUGUCGAAUUGUCCAGCAUAAUCCCUGCUAUCCUUUGCUCUGAAUUCCUGACGCACAUGUAACGUAAGCAACAAUGCAAAAGUCGAUAAAAUAAAUUUGUCAACGUAUCUCUGCAGGUAUGCUUACAAAAAUAAAUAUUUCUCUACGAGUAAAUGUACACGAACAUUUCGGCAACCAUCGUGAUCAGUGGGAGAAAAAGUGAGGGGACACAAGACACGUGUAGGUGACCAUUUUGAGCGCAGCAGAUAAAUAUUUAUGAUGGAUGCAAUUGUUAGACCACGUUUGGUUAAAUUUCACCUUGCCUAGCAGACUGCGAUCACACGCUCAAAUUUUCUUAGUAUUUUUCCUGGAAUUUCACUUUGUUGUUGCAGAGGAUGGUUCUGUUACACGCAAUGGACCCCAGAAAUUUAACCUGUGAUUGUAGCCGUUCAUAGCAGUUAACUUAGGAAGAAAGCAACAAGUCCAUCAAUUCUUCAAAGGCCGUUAAGAAUAUCAUAAAAGAAAUGUCACGUAUAGUUUUUGAAGAACAAAACUAUAUUUUCUCAGUAGCUGCAGCGCAAGACAGUUAAAUACAGGUCGCAGCUGUGCAUUAAUAUGUCGCUGUAGAGAAGGCAAAAGCUAGUGUUGCAAAACGCAAUGUGUAAGCGACAACACUGAAUCUGCAAUUUAAAAAAAAAAGGAAGUUGUGUAAUACCGUUCCAUAGGAAUGCGCCAAGUACAGUUUAAUAUCGCCUAUACGCCGUUGACUGUUCAACCAGAAUAUGUUCGUCUGGUCCCUCUGCACAAUAACUUCAUCCUGCAGGCUACGGCAACAAUUUCUGAUCGCCAGUGGUGGAGUUCUUGUGAAGAAGACGAACCACUUCAAAAAGCAAUGUUAAGUCGUUCCUAAAGCUUUGCCGGACCUCGUGUGAAUGCUCUGUUAACUGCUUUCGUGCGGAAAUUGAGAUAAAUAAAUGUCAUGCGAAUGAUCUCCUUGAAAAACUCAUUGUGCUUGUAAGACGCAUCCAGUCAUAUUUCAUAUCUGACGAUGUUCUGCACCCGUUCGAACGCGACAAUGUCCGUGUUUCUGUUGCGCGCGUUUCACUUCUGUCUUUCGUUUUUCACUGCUAAUAAAGUGGAGCCAAGCAUUUGCUAUUGCUCA